UUCUAGUUCUGUGGUAGAGAGGUAGAGUAGUGUGACAGUAAGGUAGACAAUUUUUUAUAGAAAUUUUGGCCCGCCAACCAUUUUUGACUUGUAAUGAAAAAUAAAGAUGCUGAGGAAAAAAAUCCUUGUCUUAAAGAACAUGAAUUGACUUUCAAAUGCUUCNAAUCAUUUUACUUUCUGGGAUUUCUAAUUUACGCCGUUAAAAAAGACAGGAUACGUAAUGGAAUACGACCCCUUCUGCCACCUUUAGAAGAGAGAGAAAAAAUAAAGCGUGAAUAUUUCACAAAAGUUCAACAUUAAUCAACUCAAAUUUCAAAAUAAAUUAACCAUGGAUAGAAAAAUAAGUGUAGAUCGUUUUGUGUGGGCUAAAUUAAUAGGUUAUCCUCCUUGGCCAUCAAUUGUUCUUGAACCUGAAUUUGAAGUACCGGAAAAGCCACUUAAUGACCCUGGGAAAGAGUACUGUUGGGUAUAUUUUUUUGGAUCACAUGACUAUUCCUGGAUAGAAGAGCGCCAUAUCAAACCAUAUGAACAAUAUAAAGAUAAAUAUAUACCACUGUAUAAGCAAAGUUUGUUUGUGGGAGCCGUUCAAGAAUUGGAAGAACAACUUGAGAAGGUGAAAAACGAUCCAAACUAUGUAGUUGAGAGAAAAAAAAAAUUCAAAGUUCAACAAAGAGGUGUCAAGAGGGAUGGUAGAAAUCUAGCUAGAAAUAAAAAAAGGCCAAAAUUCAAAACUGUCGACAUAAACAAUGAAUCCCUGUAUAAAUCUGAAGAAAACAUCAUGAGAUCACCGUCCGACAAAAUUUUUGGUGUAAUAGGCACAGGCAUCAUAGGUAGUGCACUAACAAGGCACCUUGUGAACUCGGGUCAUACUGUAAAUAUAUGGAACAGAAGUACAAAAAAAAGUGAUGAAUUACUCUCAGAGUUAGGGCAUUUUAAAAAACUGAAAAGCCAUCUCAGCCCACGUGCCAUCCUUAAAAACUCUGAUAUAGUAUUCAUUUGCGUUUCAAAUCACCUGGACGCUAAGAGAAUUGUAGAAAAUAAUUUUGGAAUUAAUAGCCCCUCUGAUAAUAUAGCGAAAGAUAAAGGUGUAGUAGUGAUGACUAAUAUCGAUCCAGAGUCAUCUAGAAACAUUGGUGAAAUGGUUGAAAACAAAGGAGGCAGCUAUCUUGAAGCUCAACUUCAACGUAGUACAUUGGAAUCAGUGGAAAAAAGCUUUUUCGUUAUAGCAGCUGGAUGCCGAGAUCUGUUUGAUGCUUGCCACCCUUGUUUUUAUGCACUAGGAGGCGCCAAUAGUUCCUUCUUCGGAGAUGUUGGGAAUGCCGCCAGGAUCAACAUUAUUAUUCAAAUCAUGAAGGGUAUAUGUCUUGGAGCCUUAACAGAGGGUUUAGCAUUGGCCGAAAGGUGUGGCUUACCUCAAGAUAAAUUUUUGGAUAUUUUCAAUCUCACCGGACUCUCAAGCACUUAUCUAAAAGGAAAAGGAAACAUUAUUGUGAGUAAAGAUUUUUGUUGCAAUGGGGAUCAAUCACUGAAGCAUAUGCAGAAAGACCUGAAAAUGGGUCUUGAACUCUCAAAUAAAGUUCAACACCCCAUGUUGCUGACAUCUAUAGCAAAUCAGAUUUUCAAACACUGUUGUAAACUGGAUUAUGGGAGUCAUGAUGCUGCUGCAAUUUACUUGAGGAAUAAGCACUGAUUUUUUUAUUUGGUUGGUUUAUUUUAAAUAAUUAUUGUUUAAGUUUGUUUGCCAGUUCAUUUAGAAAUAUAUUUUUUAGAACUUU